CCAGGAACCCGCGGCUUCCAAAGUUGCACUAUCCAAACAUAUAAGCCGUUCUAUUCCUGUUGACCUUGUCUCCGGGCUCCGCGACUCGUCUUAUUAUCGAUUACCCUCGACGAUUUAUCAAGCCACGUCCCCGAAUUGCGCCGUUUCAACGCAGAACCGUGCAUCAUGGCUGGCCCUGGCGAGUCCACAGCUCUCUCCCGGAAGCGGGUGGCCGAGGCCAUUGCAGAGCAGGAAUGGCCCAAGAGACCCAAGCUUGCAGAGAAGACAGAUGGUUCGAGGUGGAGGCUGGACGACCAAGAUGGCCGUCAUCGCUGGACCUAUCUCGAGGACGAAGAAGCCGCGAAGCAGUGGCCCCAAAGCCAUGCCGACAAGUACUAUCUCGGCUUGCCUCUCGACCUCCGCGACCUCCCCCCGCCCCAGAGUCCUCUCGACGCCGCACGGAACGGUUUGACCUUCUACGAGAAACUCCAGCUCCCCCCCGGCGAAUGGGGCUGCGAGUACGGCGGCCCCAUGUUCCUCCUUCCCGGCAUCAUCAUCACAUGGUACGUCACCAAGACGCCCAUCUCGUCGGCCUACGCCACCGAGAUGAAGAACUACCUCUUCGCCCGCGCCCACCCGACGCUGGGCGGUUGGGGCCUCCACGUCGAAGGCGAGAGCACCGUGUUCGGCUGCACCCUGAACUACACGGCCCUGCGCAUCCUGGGCGUCGAACCCGACCACCCCGUCAUGCUGAAGGCGCGCGCCCGCCUCCACGCGCUGGGCGGCGCCACCAGCAGCCCGCACUGGGCCAAGUGGUGGCUCGCCGUCCUCGGCGUCGCCGACUGGGACGUGGUCAACCCGGUCCCGCCCGAGCUCUGGCUCGUGCCCGACUGGGUCCCCUUCGCGCCCUGGCGGUGGUGGCCGCACAUCCGCCAGGUCUACGUGCCCAUGUCCCACGUCGCCUCCCGCAGGUGGAGCUGUGAGGAGACGGACCUUACGCGGGCGCUGCGGGAGGAGCUCUUCGUCCAGCCCUGGGGCUCGAUCCGCUGGAAGGCGCACCGCAACGACAUCGCCCCCGCCGACAACUACCACCCCAAGACGUGGGUCCUGAACACGGCCAACUGGUUCCUCGUCAACGUCUGGGACCCGUACCUGCGGUCCAGCUGGAUCAAGGAGCGCGCCGAGGCCUGGACCAGCGAGCUCGUCGACAUGGAGGACGCCAACACCGACUACGCCUGCCUGGCCCCCGUCAGCGCCCCGAUGACCACCGUCAUGUGCUACAUCCGCGACGGGCCCGGCUCGUACACCGUGCGGCGGCACAUCGAGCGCCUGGAGGACUCCCUGUGGGUGAACGUCGAGGGCAUGCUGUGCAACGGCACCAACGGCGUGCAGUGCUGGGACACGGCGUUCAGCAUCCAGGCCGCCGUCGCGGCGGGGCUGGAGGGGGACGAGCGGUGGCGGCCCAUGCUGGUCAAGGCCCUGGCGUUCCUGGACCGGCAGCAGAUCCGCGAGGACUGCAAGGACCAGGCGAAGUGCUACCGGCACCCGCGCAAGGGCGGGUGGCCGUUCAGCAACAAGACGCAGGGGUACGCCGUCAGCGACUGCAUCUCCGAGGCGCUCAAGUCGGUGGUCCUGCUGCAGAAGACGGACGGGUACCCGCAGCUGCUCGACGACCGGCGCGUGUUCGACGCCGUCGACACGAUCCUCACGUACCAGAACGAGGACACGGGCGGCGUGGGGUCGUACGAGAAGCGGCGCGGCGGGAAGUGGAUGGAGGUCCUCAACGCGGCGGAGGUGUUUGGCAACAUCAUGGUCGAGUACGAUUACCCGGAGUGCACGACGGCGUGCGUGACGGCGCUUUCCAUCUUCCAGAAGCACUGGCCCGAUUACCGAGCCGACGACAUUCGGCGCUUCGUCACCCGCGCCGUCAGCUGGAUCAAGACGAACCAGUGGGAGAACGGAGCGUGGUACGGCAGCUGGGGCGUCUGCUUCACGUAUGCGGCCAUGUUUGCGCUGGAGAGCUUGUCGCUCGUGGGCGAGGUGUACGAGACGAGCGAGCAUGCUAAGAAGGGAUGCGAUUACCUGCUUUCGAAGCAGCGAGCGGACGGUGGCUGGUCGGAGAGCUACAAGGCAUGCGAGACAAUGCAGUGGGUGGAACACCCGAGCGGCUCGCUGGUGGUGCAGACGGCAUGGGCGGUCAUCGCGCUGAUGGAGGCCGAGUACCCCCACGUCGAGCCCAUCAAGAAGGGCAUCCGGCUCAUCAUGAAGAGGCAGCAAGCCAACGGCGAAUGGCUUUCCGAGUCCAUUGAGGGGGUGUUCAACAAGAGCUGCAUGAUCACGUAUCCCAACUACAAGUUCACUUUUCCCAUCAAGGCCUUGGGCAUGUUUGCGCGGAAAUAUCCGGAUGAGCUGAUCAGCCCAUGAAGGAGAUGAAAUGCAAUAUGGAUAUGGUGUUGCCUGGAACGCAGCGAAUAUGAUCAUACGAAAUUCUCGUAAUAAUAGUCAAUAGUAAUGUCAUGGCAUUGAAUC